AAAAAUUUUGUGAAAAUAAAAAGUAAUGACUACAGAAAAACCCUUUCGAGACCAACCCAGCAAUCUAAAUUUAUUACUGAAGCAACAAAUUAUCAGGCAGCUUGAAGAGGCCAAUGAAGAUCACUACAAAAGACCUAACUACGAGGAUUGUGUAACGAUCGAUAAGAAGACAACAAUAUCAAAGAAAAUAUACUCUAGCGAGAGUGAUUUCGAAGGAUUAAGAAUGACCCUGGCAAAUACCCAAAUAAACGAAUCAACAGCUGCUGAGAAUCAUAAGUUAAUGUGCGACCAUUAUGAUCUACUCGAGCAAGUGCUGGAACACGUAGUGCAAUACGUCGAGUGCAUAAUCUUGGAAAGUAAAUCGAUGAAUCGGCUCUCGAUUGCACUUAAUGCAUUUGCAAUAAGCGAUAAUUUAAUUACCGGAGAUGCAACUCAGCACUUCAAUACUCUCUGCGAAUCACCGAACCUAGCGACUUUGGAAGAGGUCAGGACCAAGCUGUUUGUAUGUCUUAAUAGUAAUGAGAAUAUAAAUUCGUUGAGAUAUGAAUGCGAGGAGAAAAAGCGCGACUUUCAUUUGGCGCUAAAAAACUUUAAAAUUAUUUUAGAGGUAAUGAAUAUUAACAACAGCUCCUUAAAAAAACUCCAACAUCAAUUCGAAGAAGUCCUAAUGAAGUAUCAAGAAUGCCGAUGUGUGUUGGAUAAGGAGCUACCUUACGUGAUUGCCGAACGUUCUAAAGUUUUAUCGGAGUGUUUGGGUUUAUUGGGUCAGGACAUGGAAACUAGACUCGAAGAUAAAUUGCACUUUUCAAAUCAAAUUAAAAAAUUAAAAACCUCUAUAGACGGCGACGGAUACGCACUGGUCAAAAAGGAAGAUAACGUCUAACAAUAGUGAUUAAGUUUUUAGUAAUAGUCUUACUUAAAAAUAAAUUUGUGAUUUAUGCUAAUUCCUAAAUAUAUUUAAAAAUUUACUAGUGGAUGUUUGCACAAACAGGUCAAAUACUUUAGGCUUACUUUAG